AUGGAGCUCUUCUUCAACCCCUUCGACAACUUGGUGUGUAUCCUCCUCGGCAUCUCCUUCACCGUCUGGUUCACCCUGCUGCUGGUCUUCAUCAUCGUGCCUGCCAUCUUCGGGGUGUCCUUCGGCAUCCGGCGUCUUUACAUGAAAACCCUGUUGAAGAUCUUUGAGUGGGCCACACUCAGGAUAGAGAGAGGAGCGAAAGAGAAGAAUCACCACUUGUACAAACCCUACUCCAAUGCUAUCAUUGCCAAGGAGCCCACCUCUUUGGAGGAGGAGAUCAAGGAGAUCCGGCGGAGCGGCAGCAACAGAGACCUGGACUCGGCCUCGGAGUUCGAGAUGUCCGACAUCUUCUAUUUCGCGCGGCGCGGAGUGGAGAGCAUCAUGGACGACGAGGUGACCAAGCGGUUCUCCGCCGAGGAGUUGGAGUCCUGGAAUCUGCUGACCCGCAGCAACAACAACUUCCACUACAUCAGCCUGAGGCUGACCGUCCUCUGGGGGCUGGGCCUGCUGAUCCGCUACGGCUUCCUGCUGCCUCUCAGGGUAACACUUGCCUUCACCGGUGUAGGCCUCCUCGUAUUCCUCACCUCUGUCGUCGGGCUGCUGCCGAACGGAAAGAUUAAAAACUUUCUGAGCAAGAAAGUCCAUUUGAUGUGCUACAGAAUAUGUGUCCGAGCUCUGACUGCCAUUAUAACCUACCACGACAGUGAAAAUAAACCCAAGAACGGAGGAAUCUGUGUCGCAAACCACACCUCGCCCAUCGAUGUCAUCAUCCUGGCAAGUGACGGCUGCUAUGCCAUGGUUGGACAAAUUCACGGCGGCUUGAUGGGGGUCAUUCAGAGAUCCAUGGUCAAGGCCUGCCCACAUGUUUGGUUUGAACGCUCCGAAGUCAAAGACAGACAUCUGGUGGCCAAAAGAUUGAGUGACCACGUCGAAGAUAAAUCUAAACUGCCCAUUCUCAUUUUCCCAGAAGGCACCUGCAUUAACAACACGUCCGUUAUGAUGUUUAAGAAGGGCAGCUUUGAGAUCGGUGCCACAGUCUACCCUGUGGCCAUUAAGUACGACCCCCGAUUCGGAGACGCCUUCUGGAACAGCAGCAAGUUCGGAAUGGUCAACUACCUGUUACGUAUGAUGAGCAGCUGGGCCAUCGUCUGCAGCGUGUGGUACCUUCCUCCCAUGUCCAGAGAGGAGGGUGAGGAUGCCGUACAGUUUGCCAAUCGCGUAAAGGCCGCCAUAGCCAGGCAAGGUGGACUGGUCGACCUCCUGUGGGAUGGAGGAUUGAAGCGAGGGAAGGUAAAAGAUACCUUCAAAGAAGAGCAGCAGAAGCUGUACAGUAAAAUGCUCGUGGGCACCCAAGAGGACCGCAGUCGUUCCUGAAGAACCUGUGUGGAGGUGGACUGGCUCAAAAACUCACUUGGGCGCCUUUUGACUGAACAAGGCAGUCAAGCAGGGCUCACUUCCUCUUUGUCGGAGCUCCCGGACUGGAAAAUUCCCUCUCUGAUGUCAAAAAGUACUCCAUUUGGCUUCCUCGGUCACUGCCUCAGCUUGGCAUGUUCAGUUUGCGUCGCUGUUACGGGUCAUUCUGAGUCUGCUGCCCUUUUGUCGGGAAAAAGCUCGACUGAAAGCAACGUGCGCACAGUACAGGAGCAUCGUCUUCCUCGGUGGCAGUCUUUUAAAGGAAAACUUGUAUUAUUAUAUAUCAUUGAGUUCACGUCUUCUGUUUGAUAGUUUCAACUUUUUAAUUUUCAUUUGACUGUUGCGUUUGUAUCACAUUGUGUUUUUAAAGUUACAGACCUGAUUUAAACCUGGGAUGUAGAAGAGAGUUAUUGUAGAUAAAAAACUAGUUUGUUCUAAAGCUAAAAACCUGGGACUGAGUUGGGGUUUUGCAUGACUGGCUCAAAAAAAAAAGGCCAGAUUUUGUUACAUUUCAGAUAUUUUUAUGGGCUUUUUUCCAAGAGAGAAAAAACAACAACUUGUAUUUUAAGCUUUGUGUUUUACAUUAAGACUUGUAUCAACAACACAUGUGGUCACUAUAGGAAUUACAUUGCAGGUGAGCUCUUGAUAUGUCGUCUGUUUCUGCGUUUCCUUCCAUGGAAUGUGUAAAUCCUCACAUUAUGAAGUGGAACACGGUGCGUCCACAGUCGCUCUGACGGAGGUUUGAGUCAGAUGUUCUCGUUCCAGCUAAUACUGCAGCAUAACUGGAGGAAAAGGGUUUUAUAGUCCAUUCAUUAAGAGUUUAUUUGGGAUGCUUUUUUUAAGGCACCGUUAGCGAUCGUAGGAUCAUGAUCAUAACGAUUGGUCUAGUUAUGACACAUCCGCACUAAUACCCUUCCUAACAGGCAUCAUGUUUUCAUUGGCUUCCUGCUUGUGCAGUGACCAUUCUGCCUAAUUUAUUUGAAGUGAACUUUAAAAGCUAUUGUCUUUAUUUCCCUCCCCUCCUUUCAUCGAUUGUUCAUUAUUUCUCCAACUUGGCAGCCUCUUUUUAAAAGGAGGUUUUCAAGGAGAGGCAGGGUUACAGCCGUAGUUUGGACUCCACCACGAGGCUGGAGUUGAGGAACAUGGCGGUCGGCCCUUACAGUGGAGGUUUCUCCCAGUGGCUCGCAUCCCUCUAGUUUGCUGUUAUCAGGGAUAGUCGUUGAGACCGUGUCAAACAUGUUCAUCGAAAUAAAUGUUCAAGAAUGUGACUCUAA